AUAGCAACGCUUACUCUUUUUAUAUCCGAGCCGGUCUGUCCAGGGAAUACGGCACCUCUGAGAUCAUGGCGCUCCGAGCUUCUGCCUCGAGGAAAACCCUAGGGUUUUGGUCCAGUGUGGGAAAAUCCAUGGCGGUGGGAGGAUUAGGGCACCGACAAUCUCGAGCUCUGCAAACAUUCACGCUUCCUGAUUUGCCUUACGACUACAGUGCACUCGAACCGGCCAUCAGCGCCGAGAUCAUGCAGAUUCACCACCAGAAGCACCAUCAAACAUACAUCACAAACUACAACAAAGCGCUCGAGCAGCUCGAGGAAGCCGUGAACAAGGGGGACUCUUCCAAGGUCGUCCAUCUGCAGAGUGCUAUCAAAUUUAAUGGUGGAGGCCAUGUCAAUCACUCUAUAUUUUGGAAUAAUCUUAAGCCUACAACGGAAGGAGGUGGUGAGCCUCCCCACAGUACGCUUGGCUGGGCCAUUGAUCAAGACUUUGGCUCCUUGGAGAAUCUUAUUAAGAAAAUAAAUGCAGAAGGCGCUGCUCUGCAAGGCUCUGGGUGGGUGUGGCUAGCUUUGGAUAAGGAGGCAAAGAAACUUAGAGUCGAAACCACUGCAAAUCAGGAUCCGCUUGUUACGAAGGGGGCGAACUACGUUCCUCUGCUCGGAAUUGAUGUUUGGGAACAUGCUUACUACCUGCAGUAUAAAAAUGUGAGACCGGAUUAUCUGAAGAACAUAUGGAGCGUUAUUAACUGGAAGUACGCAAUUGAGGUGUACGAGAAUGAGAUUGCAUGAAUGGGGUUAGUGUGUUAAAUAAAGCUUUUGUUAUUAAGUAUUUGUAGCACUUUUUGUCGGUUUAAUUUCCUGUCUCUGCAAUAAUAUGGUGCCAGCGCUAAUCCCUGAUUUUGUACCAGAUAUGGAAUUUGAGUUUUCAAUCUGAAUAGCAAAGCACAAGAAUUGUUAUUA